GUCAGCAGAGACCGCAGAUUAUGAGCUUCCACGCCCUCGGCAGGAGCAUGCGUAGCAGCCGCCUCCUAGCGCGCCGUGCCGCUACCUCCGCGUCCAGAUUCGCGCGCUCGCAGGUGGCGCUUGCCGUCCAGCGACAGACGCACUCGCUCUCCAUAGUGAGCAACUCCAUGCAGCAGCGCAACAGCGUUUUGCACUUGCAAGCGCAGAUCCUGGCUCGCGCUUUCUCUUCGGCUGCCGCUGCCGCUGUGUCUGUGCCUGUGCCGUCCAUGGGCGACUCCAUUUCAGAGGGAACCGUGGUCGAGUGGACGAAAGCUCCUGGUGACUUUGUGGGCACUGACGAGGUGGUCGUCGUGCUGGAGACUGACAAGGUCAGCGUGGAUGUUCGCGCGCCGUUCUCGGGUGUGCUGGAGGCUCAGCUGGCCCAGAUCGACGACAACGUACUGGUGGGCGCCCCUCUUUUCAGCGUGGUAAAGCAGGCCGCUGCAUCCUCAAGUGACUCUGAUCCGGCAGAGGAGACUACGACGCCUGCAGCGCUUGCUGGCGAGGACCUCGAGACCAUCCAUGUGCCGUCCAUGGGCGACUCCAUCUCGGAGGGCACAAUUGUGACUAUGCUCAAGAACGCUGGCGACUACGUUCGUGCUGAUGAGGCUGUCCUCAUUGUGGAGACAGACAAGGUGAGUGUGGACGUCAACGCUCCCGUAUCCGGAAAGGUGACAAGCGUGUUGGCGAGACUUGAGGAUGUUGUCGAAGUGGGCUCGCCUCUCUUCGUGAUCGACAAGGCAGCUUUGGCCCCAACUGAGUCUGCUGCUCCAGCCUCUAUAUCUGCCCCGGCUGCUGCUGCCGUCUCUACACCCGAAGAGAAAGCUCCAGUUUUAUCCGAAGCCGCUUCGUCAAAGCCUUCGGCUCCCACCCCGGCUGCGCCUGCCACGGGACGAUACAACCGGAACGAGACUCGCGUUCAGAUGAGCGCUUUGAAGGUCCGCGCGUCUCACCGACUCAAGGAAACGCAGAACAGCGCUGCCAUGCUGUCAACCUUCCAGGAGUGCGACCUGAGCAACCUGAUCGCUCUUCGUGAAGAGCUUGGUGACAGUUUUGAGAAGACUCACGGUGUGAAGCUUGGCAUCAUGUCGUCGUUCCUCAAGGCCAGUGCGCAGGCGCUUCAGCGUAUUCCUGCGGCCAACUCAUUUAUCGACAUGGACGCCAAAGAGAUCGUUUACAACGAUUUCGUCGACAUCAACGUGGCCGUCGCCUCGGAGCGUGGUGUUGUGAUGCCUGUUCUCCGAAACGUGGAGAAGUUGAGCGUGGUGGACAUCGAGAAGACGCUGACAACGCUGGGUGAGCAGGCCCGCAACGGCACGUUGGCGCUAGAGGAUCUGGCGGGCGGUACCUUCACGGUCUCGAACAGCGGCGUGAACGGAGCUCUGUUGAGCACCUCAAUGCUGACUGCACCUCAGUCGGCUGUUCUGGGCGUGCACGGCGUCAAAAUGCGCCCGACGGUGCAUGCGGGCAAGGUUGUGCCGCGCCCCAUGAUGUUCCUCUCGCUGACGUACGACCACCGCAUCAUCGAUGGACGAGAAGGUGUGACGGUGCUCAAGAGUAUCGCCGAGGCCAUCAGUGAUUCGCGCCGUCUGCUUCUAGACAUGUAGAAAGGUUUCGAACUGCUCGGUAACCAGCCGGCACAUUGCUCGAGAGUAACACCUACAGGAACGAGGGGAGGAGUGGGGCUAACCAAAUUCUAGGGCGGAAGAAUGAUGAAACUUGGUUGUGCUUGCAAAACUGAUUCGUAUGGAUGCACUUCCGAGGUCGAUCCACUGUCAAUACACUUAAGUGAGUCCA